AUGAAAGUUGCUGGUUGUUUAUUUCAGACAGAUGAUCUAUUGGCUUUCAAAGAUCGAUCGCCCUCAGCAAAUGUUCAUUUGCUCAUCAUACCCAAACACCAUAUAGGAACAGUUAGAAACCUUACUCAAGACGAUAUACCCUUAUUAGAAAAAAUGCUAAUCUUAGGCAAGCAAUUACUGCGUGAACAAGGCUAUGAUGUAGAAAAUAUGUCUCAAAUUAGUGGUGCAUUCUCUCAGGUCUACAAGGCUAUCGAUAAAAAAACUGGUCAACGUGUCGCAAUAAAAGUAGUUAGAAAGUAUGAAAUGAAUUUAUUAAAGAGGACCAGCGUGCAGAAAGAAGCUGAGAUAUUGCGUAGCCUGGAUCAUCCUUGUAUUACCAAGUUACUCGCAUUUGAAGAAACCAAAGACUACUUUUUCUUAGUUAUAGAAUUGCUGAAUGGUGGUGGUGAAAUAUUUCAAGAAAUUGUUCGCCUGACUUAUUUCAGUGAGAAUCUUGCUCGGCAUUGUAUACAACAAGUAGCGGAAGCUAUUCGCUACCUUCACGAAGAAAGAGGAGUUGUACACCGAGACAUUAAGCCAGAGAAUAUUUUAUUUGAAUUUAUUCCAUCUUCCAUAUUCCAUACAAGGGCUUCGGUACCUUCAGCGGCAGUCGAAGCAUACAACAAGACGGAUGGUGAGUAUGCCAACAAAAGAGAUGAAGCCCUAUGUUCCUUGGGUAUAGGUUGUGGAAGUAUUGGCAAGGUUAAACUUGCUGAUUUCGGCUUAUCAAAAGUUAUUUGGAACGAACAAACCAUGACUCCUUGUGGUACAGUUGGCUAUACAGCACCCGAAAUCUUAUUAGAAAGUUGCUAUUCCAAAUCGGUCGAUAUGUGGGCUCUUGGUUGUGUACUUUACUCGAUGUUGUGUGGUUUCCCACCUUUUUACGAUGAGAGUGUACCUGUCUUGACUCAGAAAGUCGCCUCUGGACGUUAUACUUUUAUGAGCCCCUGGUGGGAUGAUGUGUCACUAGAAGCCAAAGAUCUCAUCAGCCAUCUUUUGGAAACUAACUCAAAAAAACGGUAUACAAUCAGUCAAGUUCUACGUCAUCCUUGGAUGAACAAGCAACCUACAACUAUUGAUUCCUCAUCGAACAACUUGGAUACAAUCAUAAGUAGAGCAAGUAAAGGAAAUGCAGAACUACAACAACUGGAAAAGAACAUUUUGCAAGCAGGCAGAUAUUCUGUGAAAAGCCGCUCUGCUGAUUCAGUGCACUCUAUUCCAUCCUUUCCAGUCACUACUUCCACACCUACCUUAGCGGAAGAUACCAUGACCACGAGUACGAAUACAACAGCAGCAAACUAUAUAGUAAACCCACCACCUAUGGUGCCCUUAGUUCAUUCAUUACCUAGAGACAUCCCAGGUACGACGUUUCGGAAGAUGGAUGACUACCAUUAUAAUUUUCUUCCUAGUAGUCCAGUGGCAAUGAAAGAAUCAUUUAGCAUUUCUUAUAAUGUUCGUCGAAUGGAGGAAGAGCGAGUGCAACAAGUAAUCAACAGAAAUGGGUUACGGAAUUUUGCAGUUGAUAAUCUCAGAGCCUUCCAAACCUCGUCGUCUUUUCUUUCAGUCAAUGAAAAGAAUGAAGAUGACAGCAGUUAUAGUGUCUGUAGCAUGCAACAUGAUGAGAAUUUACGUCAAAAAAGUGGAGCAAGUGACCAGCUACCACAACAAACGCAGGCUUAUCUACAUGAUGAUAUGUCCACUGAAGAAAUUGUGUUAAGCAACGGCUUUCUACAGAUGGGGCUUACUGCUAACCCCAACAAAACACAUAAGCAUAUAGUGUUGAAGAGCUUGACUGCUGAAAAAAAUCAAGCAGCUAAUGCAAUGAACCGAACAAUGAAAGCUACUUUCGAUCUGAACUUGAAGGAUUCAACACUGUUUGAUCGGCGAAAGAAGAGUUCAUCUAUUAUAUGA